AUGGCUCUCCAGUCGGUCGUCCGUGCCAUCCUCCCACGGCUUCGUGUGGGCUCGGCAAAAUUCUCUUCGGCCCAAUUUCGAUUGAUUAGCACUUCUCAAGUUAUUUGUUCCGAUGGGCCUUCUUUCAAGCACAUCCUCAAUCACAAUGAUCUUUCUGACGAAACUAAAAGGCAGAUUGAGUUGGAAGUCAGAGACACUCUCAAGGUACGCCUUUAUCAGUAAUUCCUACUCAAGAGGAUUGGCUUCCUUAUGGUUGGAAUGAAACUGACAAGUAUGAUGACAUAUACAAGUAUAAAGUCGGGACCUUUAUAAUGACGGUCAUUAUCACGUUUGGCUUCGCCUAUCAGAUGUGGUAUAGACCUAGAGGAUUGUAAGUUUCCCGUUUUUUUCUCUCUAGCUACUACAUGGUACUCUGAAAAAUUUUCUCUGCAACGCCAAAAUGCUUAAGUCCCGUUUUUAAUUUCAUGCUUGUACUUGGUAUGGCCGUUGUCACUGCCGUAUGUAGCCGGCCUUGGUGACGUCGCAUAUCGCACUCCUCCACUCGUGACAAUUUGCGGCAGCGGAUCUCGGAAACUCCACGCAAUCUCUCCGAUAACGGAGAUCGAACUCUGAAGGUCCAAGAACCACCUUAGUGUCCUGGUGAAUUACUAAGUCAGGGUUAUCGUUGGUUUAUUGCACUCGUUGACCUGGGCAUCGGCGUCGGGUCGAUAGAAGUGACAUUGAGCUGAUGGGACGGACGACGAAAAAUGUACCCUUAUCACCAAGCCGUCUUCCUCGGAUGGCUUGAGAUAUCCUCGCGAUGUUGUCGUGGCGAUUGCCGACCGUUUCAUUCGAGACAACUUUAGUGUUCUUCGCCCAAUGGACUUUUCUCAGACACUGCCCUGAGUUCAGAAUCGACGAGGCGGGUGCCCUGUGCACGCAGAUAUUUUUUUCUGUUGGAAAUAUCGUGUAGGUCCACAGGCGCUUUCUGAGAAUUGUGAAAAUAUUGCGAUCCAGCUCAGCCGUUCGGUAUUCGGUCUAGCGUCUGACAAGGCUGUGUCCUGUCUCCCAUUCUUUUGGGCUACGCCGUUGACUGGAUUUUCGGGAGGGCCCUGCCCGAGAGCGGCGGUAUUGGAUAUGCGCUCGGAACCAGCUAACUGAUUUCGACUAUGCCGAUAUUGCAUUACUAGCUUCAAGUUUUGGUUCUAUGCAGUGUAUGGUGUCAUGGGUGAAUGAAGUCGCGAAAUCCUUUGGCCUAUCCAUAAACACUGAGAUAACCAACGUGUUUUCAAGCUGUGCCCAUGACCAGAAGAAAACACCUCUCCAGAUUGAUAACUGUCAACUUGAAGUAGACAGCUGUAAGUACCUCGGGACGAGGCUGUUGCCGAAUGGACAGAGUGAGAAUGAUAUUGUCUCCCAAAUUGAUGCCGCUCGCUAGAUUUUCUCGAGCUUUUGAAAAUCCGACACGAUAUCUCCAUCACCACCAUGAUUCGCGUAUACCGUGCGUUCGUCUGGUAAGUUCUUUAUGAUUGUGAAUGCUCGGCUGCGCGAGUGGAGGACGAGCGAAAACUGGAGGCAUUUGACCGCUGCCCGAGGGCUAUCCUUCGAGCAAAGUACACCCACUUCGUAUCAAAUAAGACAGUCCGCACUCGCUGAGAAAGCAUCGCAAGGAUAACCCAGGCCAUUCAAGAAAGACGGCCAAAGUGGUUUGGGCACGUUCUUCGUCGUCCACCUCAGGAGCUUAGUGCUACUGCCCCGAACCCAGCACCGCUACCCUAUUGGAGGCGUCGAAGAGGUGGCCAACUCAAAACCUGGCUCGACACAAUUCGUUAGGACAUGGGAGUGGUUCGUGGACCUUCAGUACUCGGUUUCCGUCGUUGGCAAAGAGCAUUGGUUGAACUGUCCAGAUCUGCUGUCGCGGAUUGCCACGCGUGGAGAGCCACAGUUCGCGACACCAUCGAGGCCGGCUGGAUCAGGCAUGGCCGCCGCCGUACCAAGUACAAGUACAAAUAUCGGCAGGCCACAGCAAAGAAAUUUUUCAACCAAUUAAUGCAACUAAAAGUAUGCUUUUUGUUGCGCCGGUCGACAGCUGGUGUCGGUGCGUACACAGACUACACAGGUGUCCUUGCAGUGAUCUUUCAGUCGUGCGUGAGCCAGCUGGUUAUUGGUUCUCACGCAAUCACUACACUGUACUCCGUCAGCCGAUGGAGUCGCAUGUGCUGCUGCGGUAUGGGGUGAGGUGAGAACUGAUCGCCAGAAUCUUGAAUGCCCAUGAGUCCGAAUCAGGGACUUGUCUUUGGACAAACAACAGGCCUUCAUACUGCAUUGCCAAAGACUCCGCGCAGUCACACUUUAGGGUUCACAAACGUUCGAACACUUCAGCAUCCGGUAUCAGGAGUCCGCCCCCCAUUGAGUGGCUCAGUUCGCAUACUACUCGCCCGUAUCUUUGGACUGAAAUUGUGCAGCGCGUCGACUACCGCGGAAGCCAUAGCCUGAAUUGUAAUACUUGGACCGAGCAUUUCCAGGCGUCCUCUUGCAAAUUUGUAGUACUAACAGCUUCCCAACUGCCGUUUGGAUUGUUUUUUUGGACGCACCACCUAUGGCUCAAGAACCUAUCCACAACGCAGCGGUGAUACGCGGUUAUAUCUAAUGUUGGUUCACGUUCACCAUGUCACAAUGCCGUCGUCGGCAGUCGACGUAUCGGACGUUAGCCCUCUGUGUCUUAGUCCGCGUCUAUUUAUUCACCAGACUGGAGAGCCUCUUUACUUUGCGGGUAACUUUCGCUGAAGGCCGUUCCACUAUCCGCCCCUUGUGGACGCAUUGGGUGCUGAGUUUCUUUAAUACGCCUGAACUCCCUUUAAAGGUACAUCAACUAGCCUUCUUAAUCUAACAAUGAUUUUAGCGUAAACGCAGAAGUCUUUCAUCUGCUACAUUUUUCUGCUCCCGCCCGCUGUAAUACUGGUUACUUGUGCCCCCUUUUUGGAGCCCCGACUCCACACCUCCGGGUUGACUUUUUACGGACUGCCAGUCUGUGUUUUUGGAUUAUUAGCGUUAAUUUGUUGUAUGUUCUUGUUUUAUUGUCUACUGUAUGUCGUUUUAUGUCUAAGCACACUGUCUUCUUCGUAUCGAUCCACAUUUAUCGCCUUCAGGAAUUAUUAUUAUUACUAUUAUUACAGCUUUCUUAAGAGAAUGUAUUUGUAAUCACCCCUUCUUGCCGGGGUGCCAAGUAGUAUGAUGUUUUCAAAACUAAUAUUCACUAUUUUAAAUUGGUACCUGUACAGCUUGUGUGUAGCAAUUUUAUGAUGUUGUUCAUUCCUGUUAACAAUUCGUGCAUACCAGAGAAAGUGAUUGGGCAAGGCGUGAGGCCUUUCUCGAACUGGAGCGCCGCAGACGUCUUGGUCUUCCGCUUGUAGAUCCCAAUCUCAUCCCACCAGAGCGCGUGAAACUACCAUCCAAGGAGGAGUUGGGCCCUGACUUCAAAAUAAUCAUUUGA